AGGUAAGAAAAUGACUCGCCCGUCAGCGGAGCAGGAGUUACGAGCCCUGUCCCUGUGAGACCUCCGGAAUUACGAGCAAAUGCCUGGAGAAGUCCAGUUGCACAGAGCAGCGCCCCAGCUCUUGUGAACCCCGGGCAUCGACGCCUCUCAGACUUGCUCCUCUGGCCCGAGCACUCUGCCAGCGUUUCCUACCCCACGAAUGGCUACUCAGAGGAAGCACUUGGUGAAAGAUUUCAAUCCUCAUAUCACCUGCUAUAUCUGUAAAGGCUAUCUCAUCAAGCCAACUACAGUAACUGAGUGCCUCCAUACCUUUUGUAAGACUUGUAUUGUUCAGCACUUUGAAGACAGUAAUGACUGUCCCAGGUGUGGCAACCAAGUGCAUGAGACCAAUCCACUAGAAAUGUUAAGGCUGGAUAACACCUUAGAGGAAAUUAUAUUUAAGCUGGUGCCUGGACUCCGAGAACAGGAACUGCAGCGAGAGAUCGAAUUUUGGAAGAAAAACAAACCUCAAGAAAAUGGUCAAGAUGAAAGCCCAAAAGCUGAUAAACCCAAAGUAGAUGAGGAGUGUGAUGAAAAUGAAGAAGAUAAAGACUAUCACAGGAGUGACCCACAGAUUGCUAUUUGCCUCGACUGUUUACGCAACAAUGGGCAGUCAGGAGAUAAUGUAGUCAAAGGUUUAAUGAAGAAAUUUAUCCGCUGUUCUACUCGAGUGACUGUGGGAACUAUCAAAAAGUUUCUCAGCUUAAAAUUAAAACUUCCAAGUUCUUAUGAGCUGGAUGUACUAUGCAAUGGAGAAAUCAUGGGGAAGGAUCAUACUAUGGAAUUCAUCUAUAUGACGAGAUGGAGACUAAGAGGCGAAAACUCUUACCCUAUGGUACUUCAGUAUCGACCUAGAAUUGACUUCGGUUAGACCAAAGGGCCAGAUCCCACUGAGAUGAAUCCUGCACUAUUUGUUUACCCAUCGACAGAUUGCACAAUGAAUGGAUGUGCCUGGAUUAGGGGGACACAACCAGAUUUUCAGCAUGCAAAUAAGGACAUUGUCUUUCUUAAAAUUGUCAGUUGCAUCUCUGUUGUUUCUAUUAGAGCAAGCCAAGUGCCAUUCUGCUACUGAAAUGUGCAUAAGAUAUUUGUGUAUCUUACGAGUGUGCUGCAAAUCAUAGCCAAAAUCAUGAAGUGUACAGUCAAGAUUCAAAAUCUAUGGAAUAUUUUUGCUUGCGUGUUAGAAAUUUUUUCUGGUCCUAAUAUUGAUUACACUAGCAAAAUGGCAAGAGUGCUCAUUCCAUGUGGUGUUGCAGUUUCACACACUUACUAUUUUACUGAAUAUUGUUGUUUAAAUCAUAGAGUACUGUACAAAGAACUAAGGAUUAUACCUUGAAAAUAUUUUGUAUAGAAAAUAUAUUUAGAAAAGUGGUGAUUGGGCCACUACCUUUUUCUUGAUAAGCUUCUCAUGGGUCCAGGUAUAGCUCACUCAUGAGUGUGCAACAGUCCUUUUGCAGUGAAUGAAGAUUAAUUACCUUUAACAAGAGAUGUAGAACAUGGUAAUUCAAACCAGUGAUUUUAAAUCUUCUAAAUAGAUUCUGCUAAUAUUGCUUAAAAGCGUCGCAGCCUUUGUGAUUGCACUUUCCUGUGGUUUCCCUAAAGAUUGGAAUUUGGGAUACUAGCUAUUUUUGGAAAAUGGCUUCUGGUCAGAUUACAUUUCUUCUAAUAAAGCCUCCAUAAAAAGG